CCGACCAUGAUUGAUUAAUAAUCUCUAUAAGAUUUAAGAAAUAUCAGAUUUCCUUGAAGAAGCAAUGACCUUCGCUUAUAUUGUUAAAAAAUAUAAUCGAUGUCACGAUAAUUCCGAUCGAUUUCAUAUCAUAAUAUAAUAUCAUGCUUAAUCAUGAAGGGAUGACGAGGAUCGUUCAUCGUACAAUCGUCUCGCAUCCCCGACGGCGCCAAUAAGAUCGUUGAUAUCUUCGAUGAUCAUCGCGAUGGGAUUUCCAUCAAAUGCGACCGAUCUAUCAUUCGAUUACUUGAACGACCAUAUCGGGCCGACGAACGCGUCGUCCAUGGGUGCAGAACUGAACUUGCCGUAUACCGUCUGCGAGAUCCUAGUCGCGAUUUGCGCUGUCUUCGGCAAUGGCCUAGUAAUCAUCGUCUUCAGUAAGGAGCGGAAGUUACGAAGACGCACCAACUACUACAUCGUUUCGCUGGCUACGGCUGAUCUGCUGGUUGGACUGUUCGCGAUCCCAUUCGCGAUCCUCGCGAGCAUCGGCCUGCCGAAGAAUCUCCACGCCUGCCUCUUCACCGUAUCGGUCCUUGUGGUCCUCUGCACCAUCAGCAUCUUCUGCCUGGUGGCGGUGUCCGUCGAUCGUUACUGGGCGAUACUGUAUCCCAUGGGAUACUCGCGCACUGUACGCACUAAAACUGCCAUAGGUAUAAUAUGCGCAUGCUGGGUAGCGGGCACUCUGGUAGGCUUCUUACCGCUCUUCGGAUGGAAUGCCGGUGAGAUGAAUGAUCACAGGUGCAUUUUCACGAAAGUCAUGGACUACGACUAUCUUGUGUUCCUGUAUUUCGCCACAAUUAUCUUCCCCGCACUGCUGAUUGCGGCUUUCUACGCUCAUAUAUAUCGAGUAAUCGUGAAACAGCUACAGCAAAUCGUUACGAUGGAUCCCAGUGAUCCAGGGGAUGGUAGUAGCGUUCGCCGUCUCGGCGUCCUUCGUCUCGGCGGCCGUUUGAGCGGUAAUCAUCAUCAGACGACGGGAACAAUGCUACGUUGUCUAGGCGCUGCGCGUAAAAGGGAAGUCAAGGCCACGCAGAAUCUUUCCCGUAUCGUCGUCUUCUUCAUCGUUUGCUGGUUUCCGCUAUAUACGAUAAACUGCGUGAUGGCUUUCUGCCCGCACUGCGAAGUGGAUGACUUCUUCAUGAAGUUCUGCAUCAUCCUUUCGCACAUCAAUUCGGUCGGCAAUCCGCUCCUUUACGCCUACCACCUCAAGGACUUUCGCAUCGCCCUUAAGAACUUCGUCUGGAGGCUGCUUUUUCCGCAUAGCGAUGUCAAGUCCAGUGUGAUCAGUGUGAUCCACGAUCGAGGUUCUCUCGUCGGUUCACAGAGGCAACUUCAAAGGCGAUUCAGCGGCUUUGAUCAACCGAGGAGUCAGAGGCCGAGCUUGCUACGCCAGGUUAUUGAUAACAAUAGAAGAAUGGACAGUACGUACUCCGAAAGGCGUGUCUCGUUAAUCCGACAGAAAGAAAUGCACCAAAACAUUACGGACAUCAGCAUUACAGUCGGAAGUGCGAUUCUAAUGAGCAACUCCGCGCCGAUGAACAAACGGAUGAUUGAGAAGGAAUUAGCCAGCGACGGCGACAUCGUCGACCGCGCCGACGAUGCGACUGAUCAUGGAAUUUCCUCCUCAAUGGAACUGCAAACAUACAAAUCACUGGCACCUCUUCUGCCCGCAGAAGAAGAUCGCAUCGAGGAAACGCCGCCUGCAUCGAUCUUCGUUAUCGAGGCCGACGUGGUGAAUCAUGCCUCUCCUGAUCAUCUCCUGGUUGUGGAAGAAUCUCGGGACAGAAUCGACGUAGCGGGUGGUUAG